GGGCAUCGUCUUCUUGUUUGUUGGGCCUUAUUUUAAAAAUUUUCGGCUUUGUCCAAUUCUACGUUAGUGGUAAACCGUGGGAAGCAUAGAUUGGAACUUGGAACUGAAACUAAAACUCUGGAACAUUCACGGGUUUUGCUAGGGUUUAAGCAGAAUCAAUCAAACACAAGUAAGCUCAUUGUCAAACAACCUCAACACCAGGCUUUUUGACUUUGGAAGCUAAUCUAUCCAUGGAUCAUUUUCUGAGAAAAGCUUCAUUUUCUUCUGGUAGCAAGUCCAUAGUUCGGAUCAUAGCCAUUGGUGCUGCUAGUGCCGGUCUUCUUUACUUGAGCAACAACCCAGAUUCGAAAGCAACUGUGAAACUAUCAAUUCCUACAAUAUUACGUAAACACCUCCCAUUUCAAGGACACCCUUCUUUUGUUUCAUCUGAUCAUUGGCAAUUUGGAAAAUUUCCAUUAUUUUUAUCGAGAGUUGAUCCGGCUCUAGCCGGAGAUGUCGCAAAGGGAGCUCCGGUAGCAGUUGGAGACGGGGGAAAACCAAGUUGUGGAUGUUUAGGUAGAGAUUUUAUUGCCAAUGCAGCUGCAAAGGUUGCUCCUGCUGUUGUCAAUCUGUCUGUUCAACAAGAUUUAUAUGGGUUUACAACCGUGAGGAGUAUGUGUUCUGGAACUAUUAUUGAUGCCGAUGGUACUAUUUUAACAUGUGCUCAUGGUGUAGUUGAUUCUCAAGGCAGACAACUAACAACCAAGGGAAAGAUUGAUGUCACUUUGCAAGAUGGCCGAACAUUUGAAGGUACAGUAAUUAAUUCUGAUUUACAUUCUGAUAUUGCAAUAGUCAAGAUCAAAUCAAAAACUCCACUUCCAACUGCAAAACUUGGCUCAUCAAGCAAGCUUCGCCCUGGGGAUUGGGUGAUAGCUAUGGGUACUCCGCUUAGCCUUCAGAAUACUGUCACCGCGGGUAUUGUGAGCUGUGUUGAUCGUAAAAGCAGUGAUUUGGGUCUUGGAGGGAUGCGCAGAGAGUAUUUACAAACUGAUUGUGCAAUCAAUGCUGGAAAUUCUGGUGGCCCCCUUGUUAAUAUUGAUGGAGAGAUUGUCGGAGUUAAUAUUAUGAAAGUAGCAGCUGCGGAUGGAUUGAGUUUUUCUAUACCAAUUGACUCAGUUUCUAAAAUUAUAGAGCAUUUCAAGAAGAGUGGGAGAGUUAUACGGCCUUGGCUUGGAUUAAAAAUGCUCGAUCUUAAUGAGUUAAUCAUCUCUCAGCUUAAAGAAAGAGAUGCCAAAUUUCCCGAAGUUGAAAAAGGCAUUCUUGUGCCUAUGGUAACCCCAGGUUCUCCAGCUGAUCGUGCUGGAUUCCAUCCAGGUGAUGUUGUUAUUGAAUUUGACGGGAAACCAGUUCAAAGUAUCAAGGAGAUUGUUGAGAUAAUGGAUGAUAGAAUCGGAAAACCAUUGAAUGUUGCUGUAAAGAGAGCAAAUAAUGAAGUGGUGAAAUUGACAGUGAUCCCAGAGGAAGCUAAUCCAGAUAUGUGAGAGACAUGAUUAUUUUGCUUUAAGCUUUGGCAAGGCAGGCUCCUACAUUAUAUUUUUAUGUUGAUGUUUCCUUAUUCUUUAACCCUUAAAAAUUAUUACUACUUUUUUUUUUCUUUUUUUCUUUUAUAUAUAUACAUAUAUAUAAACAAACACCCAUAAUUUAUUAGAAUAA